AUGAGGCUCAGAUUUAGACGGGGAAGACUGUUGGAAAGUGAAGAUGACAAGGGAGAUACAAGGAGAAGAAAAUUUAAGAAGAGAGGUGUUGACGAUGAGACAAAUGGUACCAAAUCUAGUUCUGGAGAAGUUGCUUUGCGCCAUCAGGAUGUACAGGGGAGGAAAGAUGCUCUAGGUCUGUUCAAUAAUGUGAUUGAAGAAACAGCAAGUAAGCUUGUUGAGAGCAGGAAAAGUAAGUUUAAGGCCUUGGAAAUGUUGAAGAGAAAGAUUACAGAUAAUCCUGUAGAUAUAAGAAAAGCUUUGGAAUUUAUAAACAGUAAUGAGAUUUGGCAAAAACUCGCUUGA